AGAAAGAGGUCAUGCAAAGUCAAGCUCACAAAGGCGCCAUUAAUAUAUAAACCCUUAACCAAGAACAAGAGCCCAUUGUUUAUUGUUUUUUAACUUCAUUGAAACGUUUGCGUGCUUUGAUUUUCUUCCUGGCGUGAAGAGGGGAAAAGCUAGCGCUAGCAGCCAUGGGAAGAGCUCCAUGUUGUGACAAAGCAAACGUGAAGAGAGGACCAUGGUCUCCUGAAGAAGACGCCACUCUCAAACGCUACGUUGAGAAUCAUGGCACUGGUGGUAACUGGAUUGCUUUGCCUCAGAAAGCUGGCCUUAAACGGUGCGGCAAGAGUUGCCGUCUACGGUGGCUCAAUUACCUCAGGCCAGAUAUCAGACAUGGGAAUUUCACUGGAGAAGAAGAUCAAAUUAUUUGCACUCUUUAUAGUCAAAUGGGAAGCAGGUGGUCGAUUAUAGCUUCUCAUCUACCUGGAAGAACAGACAAUGAUGUGAAGAAUUAUUGGAAUACCAAGCUGAAGAAGAAGCUACUUGCAGGAAAAAUAAGCCUCAUUACAAACAAGAGCAGCAAUAAUUCUACUACUUUUCUUGAGUCAACAUCUUCACUGUCUUCUGUACCAAAAUCUGAAACCUAUGAGAUGCCAUUUUCAGCUUCACAAGCUCAGAUUUCUUCGUCAAUAUUACCAAUGUUGGGUGAAAACGGCUAUGGAAUAACUCAAAGCCUGAGUUUUGACUGUGUCUCUGAAUUUGGUGGAACAAGCUUGAAGAACAGCCCCAUUGUUACAUCAUCUUCUCAAGAGGGUUCAAGUGUUUCAGAGUCAAAUUCUCUUGCCAUUGACAACAGAGGUUUUCUUGAUUUCAGCUAUGGAGUUCCUCAUGAGCUCCUGAGUAAUGGGUUUUGGCUUCAAGAGAAAUCUGAUCUUGAUGAUCAUCAAGCGCCUGUAAUUUGCUAUCCAAAUUUAGAUGAUACUUCGUGUGUUGACAUUAAGCCACAAGGACUGCAUCAAAGUAUUGUUAACCAAUACUGAAACCCUGAAAGUGAGAAACAGUUUGCUGAUGUAGAGAGACUUUGAUUCUUCUCACAUUCAAUAAUACAUGCAUGUCUUGUAUGCAUAGUUUAUAUA